AUGGACAACAUCGACGAGGAAUACGGCCGGCUCGUUGAACACCUUCACGACUGCGCGAAAAAGGUUGAGAGUUUUAAAACCACCAAGAGACGCCUGUCUCUUCAAACUCUUGAGCUGAUACGCCAGCGUGGAGCAGCACGAGCCGCAGGGAACCGAGAACUCACGUCCGAGCUCGCAAGGCUUUGCAGAGAGGCGAUGAAGGAAGACCUCAAAGAGAGAAGAGCAGAAGUCCUGGCUGAAGCUUCAGAGGCUGGGAAAAGCAUCCGCUAUGCCCGUCGAGACUUCGCCAGUCACAAGACGAUAAUGACUGCUCUCCGGAACCCAAAGGGAACAGCCACUCCAUCGAGAAGGGGGAUGGAGAAAAUCAUCUACGACUUCUACUCUGAUCUCUUCGACAGCCAUGUCCACUUGCCUCCUCACCAUCUGAAGGAAAACGGACAUGUCAUUCCAGAGGUUCUCCCGUUCGAAAUACGGCAUGCUAUCAUGUCGGUAAGAAAUCGUACGGCACCCGGUCCCGACAGAAUAAGACCAGAACACCUGAAGAGCCUUCCGCCAGUACUCAUCAACACCCUGGCGAGGCUCCUUACACGUUAUCUGUCGGAAUGCAAGGUUCCUAAGCAGUGGAAGACCGGCAAGACCGUGUUGUUGUAUAAAAAGGGACAUCCACAUGACAUAGGCAACGAUCGCUCAAUCUGCUUACUGUCCAUCAUCUACAAGCUCUUUACAAGAGUGAUCCUUAUUAGGAUUGAAAAAGUCUUGGAUGAAGGACAGCCGUGCGAGAAAGCAGGGUUUCGAAAAGGAUUCAGCACGGUUGACAACAUGCAUAUUGUUUCGAAACUCAUCGAGGUAUCACGAGAGUACAAGAUGCCGCUCUGUCUCACCUUCAUCGACUUGAAGAAGGCCUCUGACUCAGUUGAGAAGGAAGCGGUCGUGGAAGCCUUGGACAAGCAGGGCGUCCCUACUCAGUACAUAAAGGUACUUCGAGAGUUGUACAGUAACUUUACGACCGGAAUUUCGCCAUUCUACAAGAACAUCAUUGACGUGAAGAGGGGGGUCUGA